AUGUCACACGGCAGAGCCUCAUUCUCCGAGGAGCAGGCCCAAACCGAUCUUUUGCUCGUCGUGCCUCCGCGGGGUGUGCCGCUGGAUACCGAGCAGCGCGGACAUACAGUGCUCAAGGUCGUCGCUGGUGACAAAUCCGCACCACAUGUCCUCCGGCGCGUUCCGAACGAGAUUCUGUCGCAAAUUCUGCUCGCUGUACUGGAGGAUGCCCCGCUGGGGGAGUUCAUAUGCCCGCCGUGGUACCUCGGACACGUGUGCCAGCACUGGCGCGCUCUGGCACUCGCUUUGCCCGGGCUGUGGACUGUCAUCACCUACGACGGCUUACCCGAGAAGACGAAGACGCUUAUCGAGCGCGCCAGCAACGAACUGCUGCGGGUGAAGUUUCGGAUGCCGCCGGGUGGAGGGAGGGAGCGCCACGACCAGGCGCUGGCCGUGCUGGACAUGCUGAUGGAUGUGUCGGAGCGCUGGAUGGCAGUGAGCAUGGAUCUGAGGCCUAGCCUCGUGCAUAGGCUGUCGGUCCUGAGGGGGCGGCUGCCUGUUUUGGGUUUUCUCGGGUUCGUUCUGUCGGCGACGACGCGGUACAGCGGCGACGGCGUCGACUACCGAGACACGGUCAAUGCGUUUGAGCUUACUCCGCGGCUGCAUGACGUGUCCCUGCACAACCUUGCUGGGAUCCGACACCCCGACCCCAUCGCGCUACCCUGGCAACAGCUCACUCAUCUCCGUCUGUCUAUCCAUCGCCCACAGCACCUGCUCUUGCUGCAGUCGACGCCGGGUCUUGAAUGGGCCUCUGUGGACUUUCGCACAGAAGCGCAUGCGGUCUUGUUCACAACACAGAUUGACGUGGAUCUGCCCGCUCUACGGCGACUAUUCACGCGGGACAUCAUCUUCUUCGACGUGCUUAACGCACCCCUUCUUGAAGAGGUCUAUACGGUCAACGCAGAUCCGACACCCCUCCUCCACUUCCUCGAGCGCUCGCAGGCUCAGACUCGCAAACUCCGUACGCUGCGGCUUGCGUGGGCCACAACGCGAACUGUGUCUCUUAUUCUUGAGGCCGCACCUCAGAUCACGUCACUCGGACUGCACUGCGGCUCCGAUAAAGAGGCCGAUGCUUUGGUGUCGCAGCUCACCGUCCAAGCUAAUGCUACACCGUGCAUGGGGCCGAACGUAACGGAUAUGACGCUCGUUUUCGACGAACAAAUCGUUGGACCGGGCGCGCUGAUGCGUAUGAUAGAGUCGCGGGCUGCAUCGGACGGUGCCAAAUGUCGAAAGCUGGAACAUACCAGGAUCUGGAUUACGGUUGAGACGAUGGCGGUGAGCGAGCAGAUGAUGGAUCGGUUCAAAGUUUUGCAGGAAACACAGGGAUUGGUUUACGAGGUGAAGUGGGGUCCAAACCUCAUAGAUGACUGGGACGAUUGA